GCGGCCCUGGACUCGGGCAAAGUCCAGCUGGCUUAUCUGCUGGCCGGCUUCCCGGACCCAUCGCCGGUGGGCCUGACGCAUCGCCGAGCUCCCGGCCUCAAGACGUUCUUUCGCUUGGCAGCACCCCAGUGGCUGGCUGCAAAUCUGGCCUACUUGAAGGACUUAGAUUAUGCCGAAACAAGGAUCAAUCAAAUGACCUAG